AUGGGCAGUGCUCAUGAGCCUUGCCAACGCAGUCCCACUGACAGCGGAGCAGUGGAUCGACCACCACCAGGCCACUCACGUGCCAGCCGCGAUGCUUCUGGAGGCCGUGCGGCAGAGAUCAUUGCCAGCUCGCCAGAGAGGCAGAAGCUUGAGAUGCAGGUACAGCUACACCGCUCUGCACAGCAAUGCAACGAAGCCUUGGCCAUUUCCAGACAUUUGGCGGAGGCACCACAGCAGUCCCAGGAGCCAGCAACAUGGAUGGGGCUUGUGCGAAGAGAGCUGGCAGAGCUGGAUGAACGGCUCUCGCGUCAGCUGUUGAGAUUGCAGAGCCAGACAGACCGCGUCAUGGAGGUUUUUGUCACAUCCCUAGAGGGGAAGGUGGCGCAAGUGAUGUCAAAGCAGCCUCUCACUGAGUGGCGCCUGGCUGAGCUGGGUGCCAACAUCAAGGGCUUGCAGGAGCAGUUGGAAAUGCAGGCGAGACGCGGUGAUGCGGCAGAUGCGAGGCUGCAGAGGUUCACCACCCUUUUUCAGUCAGAGCUUAGAAAGUUGCACAUCGAGGUGCCAAGUCCGGCCGACAAGCCAAGCCCCACUGGCCUAGAAGGCACUGACGCAUUGAAGGAUGCUAUGUUGGCCAGUCUUCGCGAGGAUGAAGCAGGAGCCCAGCCGACCAUUUCUUUACAGGAGAAGUCCAGGAUCGACUCCAAGCUCCGCCGCAUGGACGGAGCCCUCGAGGCCUUGAGCUCUUCCGUGGCCUCCAUGGCCUCCGAGCACCGGACCCUGAAGUCGGAGCUGGAGAGCACGGGAAAGAGCCUGAAAGAUCUGCAAGAACAGGCGUUGCAGGUGGAAAAGGAGAGGUCCGAUGCGGCCAAAUGCCAGGACAGCGAACUCGGCCGAAGCACUUGA